CUGGCAGAAACCACAGGAGACAGAGAGACCAGAGAAACUGUUUAGUGAAAAAUACCCCAAUCAGCACCGACCAGUGUCCGAUCAGCGCUGAAAGCCACGAAGGGAAGCAGAGGGAAGACGGAGCGCCGGUCCGUCCGCCCUCCUCAGCACCGCGCAGGGGAGACACGCAUCGGAGGAAAGAUUCCCCGCAACGCAUUGAAAGCUUCUGGUGAGGAGAAGAGGAGAGCGGAGGGCAUCGGAUAGCCAACCACGACAAUGGCAGCUCCAGACUUAUUGGACCCAAAAUCAGCCACUCACAACACGAAGCCUCGCCUCUCCUUCUCCACCAAGCCAAUCACACUGACGCCUCGGGAGGAAAGUGAGGUCGUGGCCACAGUGAUGAAGUGGAAGACGGUGACCGCCAUCUUUCUUUUGGUGGUUCUGUACCUGGUGAUAGGAGCCGCCGUCUUCAGAUGGCUGGAGCAGCCUCAUGAGAGUGCCCAGCGUUUGGCCAUCCUGUCCCAGAAGCUGGACUUCCUGUCCCAGCACUCCUGCGUCAACCAGAGCCAGCUGGAGGAGCUGGUCCAGCAAGUUGUGUCUGCUGUCCGAUCCGGGGUGAAUCCUGCAGGAACUUACACCAACCACAGCAGCCUGUGGGACCUGAGCUCCGCGUUCUUCUUUGCUGGAACUGUCAUCACCACCAUCGGAUUUGGGAACAUCUCUCCCCACACCGAGGGAGGGAGAAUAUUCUGUAUCAUCUACGCUCUGCUGGGAAUACCGCUGUUUGGUUUCCUCUUGGCAGGUGUAGGUGAUCAGCUUGGCACCAUCUUCGGGAAGGGAAUCGCCAGGGUGGAGAAAAUGUUUGUGCACUGGGCCAUCAGCCAGACCAAGAUCCGAGUGAUAUCCACGCUGCUGUUUGUCCUGUUCGGCUGCCUGCUGCUGGUGGCGCUGCCGGCGGCCAUCUUUAAACACAUCGAGGGCUGGUCUGCGCUGGAGUCCCUCUACUUUGUGGUCAUCACCUUGACCACCAUCGGGUUUGGAGACUUUGUGGCAGGUGGGUCAGACAUAGAGUACCUGGACUAUUACAAACCGCUGGUUUGGUUCUGGAUUCUGGUGGGACUGGCCUACUUCGCUGCUAUCCUCAGCAUGAUAGGAGACUGGCUCCGAGCCAUCUCCAGGAGGACAAAAGAAGAGGUCGGAGAGAUCCGGGCGCAUGCUGCAGAGUGGACCGCCAACGUCUCUGCGGAGUUCAAAGAAACCCGUCGCCGCGUCAGCGUCGAGAUCUACGACAAGUUCCAGCGAGCCGCAUCCAUCAAACGCAAACUGUCCUCAGAGCUGGGAUUCAGUUCGGCGCCUGAACUCACGCUUCCACGUCGGGCCACGUCGAUCAAUUUCACCGACGAACGGGAGAGGAAUGACAAGGAGGCCGGGCUAAAGGGUCUGAGCGCGCCGCUGACCAGAAACGGAUCGCUGGUGAACGGGCUGGACCUGGAGAGAGGAGACGUCUCGAUUAUCGAACACCUCAAGUAGAAGAUGAUUCUUCCAGGGUUAAAAGAGUUUGGGGAAUUUCGUCAAACAAAGAGCUGAGAGAACAAACAGAACAUGGUAAACAGUUUUCACUUCAGACAAAUCUCUGUUUUCUCCAAAUUACAACAGGUAGUAGCUGCUGAUUUGGGUUCAGUCAUUUAUGAGGUGCCGUUUGUAAAGUUACUAAGCAAAAAAUAAAAGAUAUAAUAUUUAUAAUAUAAACAUUAUAAUGUAUGCA